AUGGAAGCUGCAACAGUUGUUGAGACAUUUUUGGGAUUUAUUCCGGCCAAACAAGGAGGAACUGCUAAAGCGUUAACAGAUACUGUCCUUGACUAUUUACGACGUAUUGGAAUAACAUCACCCGCGCCGUUUGUGCACUGUGCUAGCCACAACCUAAACCUUGUUGUGAAUGAUGCUGUUGAAUGCAAUGCUGACAGCAUCAACUUUUUUGCUGAUCUUGAAGAGAUAUAUGCUUUCUUUAACAGAAGCAUCAAUCGAACGGCAGAUCUAAACAGCACUGAUCUCAGCGUGAUCGACGAAUUCACAAAUGAAGUUUCCUUUGACAGUGAUACGGACUCUGACGACACUGCCAUUAAUAAACUGUGUGCUACCAGAUGGUCAUCAAGAAUUAACUCAGUAAGAGCAGUGAAGAAUCGAUAUCGUGAUUUACUUCAUGUGUUGGACAACUUGAAAAGGAAAGGAAAAGAUAAUGUCAAGGAACGAGAGGAAGCUGCCAGUUUGCAUCUCAAAUUAAAUAAAUUUGAAUUUGUUGUUAUGCUUAUUAUAUGGGAGAAGUUACUCGCAGCAAUUCAGAUCGCUUCAGCUAACUUACAGUCAAACAAAAUAGACUUGAGUAGGUCAGCCAAAGAACUUGAAAGAGCCAUGCGUAAAAUAAGUGGCAUGCGAGACAAAUGGGAUGCGAUCAAAAUGGAAGCUGUAAAGUUCGCGUUGAAAGUAGGCGUCUCUUGCACUUUUGCAUUUAAGCGGGUACGCCGAGUUCCUCGAUUCUAUGACGAAUUUGCCUCGGACAGUAGACCACAGGAUCCUGAAGAAAGAUUUACUGUAGAGAUGUUCUACCAAGUGAUUGACACCGCUACCAAUCAAUUAGAAGAACGCUUCAGGAGCCAGAAAUUUCUUGCUGAUACCUUCAAAUUUGUACUCCCUGGAAGCCUUGCAACUCUUGACAUUACAGAAGUUCGCAAGUCUGCCGAAUUGUUUGUUAAUGAAUACAAGGGAGACAUAUGCACAGAUGGGGUUGAAGUGGCAGAUUACAUAUCUGAUCUUGUGAAUGAAAUCAAGUCGUUUCGCUGGUGUUACGGGGAUGUACUGAAGGGCAUGUCGACUGUUUCAGAAGUGCUAUGCCUGUUGAAAGAUGUGGGGCUCAGUACUUACUCAAAGCUAUUAUUAGCGGUUGUCAUAUUCAUCACUCUUCCGGUGACAAUUGCGAGUGCAGAACGCUCAUUUUCAAAGUGGAAACUUAUAAAGAAUUACCUUCGCUCAAGCAUUGCACAAGAUCGCCUGGACUCACUGGCAAUUCUUUCAAUUGAGAACAAUGAAGCGUGGUUGUUAGACAUUGAAAAGCUUAUUGACACGUUUGCAGACAAAAAAGCAAGGAUUGGAAAGUUUGUAGUUUAA